AUGCCAUCCAUUCUUACCGAUGCGGAUAAAGAGACUGUCCGGCGAACGGUUCCCAAACCCUCCAACAGAAUACUGGCGGUUGCAGUUGCGCGAUUAUACGUAGCACAUCCAAAUCCUCAAAAAUGGACCUACACUGGACUACAAGGAGCUGCGGUUCUUGCUAACGACUUGGUUGGGCAUACAUUUUGGAUUAAGUUGGUUGAUGUUUCGCCCGCUGGUAGAGGCGUUGUAUGGGACCAGGAAAUUUAUGAUGGCUUCUCCUAUAACCAGGAUAGGACCUUUUUCCACACGUUCGAGCUGGAGGAAUGUCUUGCGGGAUUAUCGUUCGCAGAUGAGAAGGAGGCAAAGACUUUCUUAAAAAAGGUUCAAGAGCGAGAGAAGAGUGCGAGUAAAGAAACAAAGACGACUCCAUUUUCCUCGCUCCGGGGUCAAGGACCGCCUCCAACAACAGGCGGCAAAAGUCAUAGUCGUUUUGGGCUCGGUAGCCUCCUUCAUCAUGGGCAUCGAUCCUCCUCCGCGCCUACCCAUUCCGCCGCUCCUGCGGAAUCUAUUAUACCCCCAAGACAGCCUACUCCACCUCCCGCCCCCGCCCCCCCUCCAACAGUAACAGAGCUUCCAACAAGCCCGCAACGGAAGCAGACGUCUGCCUUAGAUACGAUAGAUCCGUCAUGGAAGGGCUUGCUCGACGAGCUACUUGCCAUGGGCAUUACAGAGGACCAAAUAGCGGAAAAUUCGGACUUUAUCAAAGCGUAUAUCGAGCAGAAGCAGGCCGAUGAGCUGAACGGUAUAUCCAAGGAAGCCUCGCCGGAUUCCCAAAGGAAAGCGAAAGCUCCACCUCCGCCUCCACCACCAAAUGCCCCACCAGCGGCAGCCCUCAGCCCCCAGAAUACAGGAAAGAGGGGUGCACCUCCUCCUCCGCCACCAGCACGACGUGGCCGCGCUCCCUCCCCACCACCUGCACGCGAGCCUUCUCCCCCAUCCCCGCCUCGGGAACCUUCGCCAGUUCGACCACGCUUCAAGGCACCCCCUCCCAUCGCGGAUGCGGGCAAAUUCGCCAAUGCUCUCCCGCGCAGCCAUAGGGCUUCAUCAGGUUCAAAUGCAGCCCGGCCGGGAGUACCAGCCCCGCCGCUGCCACCAAAAACUCCUUUGGAAGGAGAAAGAAAAGUGUCCGCCCCACAACUGCCCAGUCGAAACCCAGUCCUCCCGGCUCGGCGUGAAGUUAGUCCUGGAUUACCUCCCGCUUUACCACCCAAGAUUCCCCAUGCUACUCCUCCGCCCCCGCCACCACGCCCUCAAGCUUCUCCAACUUCAACUCCCCAGUCACAACACCUGCUGCCGCCACAAACAGCCCCAGGACCACUCCCAGUGCGUCCUGCACCGCCGCCCACAUCAGCUCCGGCACCGCCGCCUCCUCCGCCUCCGGCUCCUGCACCAGGACCAGUACCGUCAUCGAGCCCCACGCCACCUCCACCUCCACCUCCGCCUCCAGCUCCAGCUCCCGCUAGCACUGGACCUGCCCCGCCCCCGCCCCCGCCCCCGCCUCCGACUGCUGGUCUUCCUCGCCCUCCUCCCCGUCCUGCACCUUCAAAUAGUGUCCCUCCACCUCCUCCGCCCUCUGCAGGCGCCCCUCCACCCCCACCUCCUCCAUCUGCUGGUGCGCCUCCUCCUCCUCCUCCGCCGCCGCCGCCAGGUUCCGCAGCUAACAGCGCUGGUCCUCCGCCGCCGCCGCCGCCAGCGUCAUCAGCACGCCCGUCGUCCCUUCCCAAAUCACCAGGGAACGCCGAUCUUCUAGCUUCAAUCCGUGCAGGAACAGGUCUUCGAAAAGUCAAAGACAGCGAGAAACGAGAUCGAAGCGCUGCUGUGGUUCCAGGUGCAAGCAGCGAAACUCCUUCCUCACCAGCGUCAGGCGCGGGGAGCGCAGAUCCAAAUUCGAUGCUGGGGUCUCUUCAAGCGGCAUUGAAUAAGCGGAAGCAGAAAGUUAGCGGUAGUGAUGAUGAAAAGUCCGAUAAUGAGUGCUAUGGAGCAUGCUGCAACGGAGUUGAAGCAGUCAGCCGAAAUGAGCAGUUACUCCAUAUAUCAAGCACUGAGCGCAAUCAGGAUUGGAAAUUGGCAGAACGCCAGAAUUCAAGGGACGACAACCUGCCAGAUAUAAUCAACAACCUGGAAUUUGAGGGUGAAAACUCAGCCAAUUUCCGCAAAGUAGAUGCUACAUGGAGCGUUCCUCGGGAAUUGAGUAACUCCGGAACUAAAACCAAGAGACCCUCUCGAACGCAACAGCUGUUGACAGACAAAGCAUAA